AUCGCCAACCAGAAGUCCAGUAGAACCCAACAACAGCCACCACCACCACAGCCCCUUCUCAAGAAGUGAGAAAAAAAAGAAACAAAAAAAACCCCCCCCUCUAAUGUCAUCCAAAUCCCCAGAAACUCUCCCCCUCUUCAAGCAAACCUUUCUGCAAACCCUACUACAGUCCAAAAUCCUAACAUUCGGCACCUUCACUCUAAAAUCCGGGCGGGAGUCGCCCUACUUCUUCAAUGCGGGCCUAUUCAACACAGGCAGCCUCCUCACCUCGCUGGGCGCGGCAUACGCGAACACGAUACACACGAGCGCCAGUCUCCCGCCCUUUGACGUGGUCUUUGGGCCGGCGUACAAGGGUAUUCCCCUGGCUACCAUUACACUAGCGAAGCUGUACGAGUUGGCACCGGAGAAGUAUGCUGGUGCUGGGUAUGCGUUUGACAGGAAGGAGGUUAAGGAUCAUGGAGAGGGGGGCCGGAUGGUUGGUAUGGGGCUGAGGGGGAAGAGGGUGCUCGUUGUUGAUGAUGUUAUUACUGCUGGGAUGGCGAUCCGGGGCGCGGUCUCGGCGAUUGAGGAGGCUGGGGGUAUGGUGAUUGGGAUCGUGGUUGCCUUGGAUAGGAUGGAGAGAAUUGGGGGCGUGGGGGCGGAGGACAGGAAGGGGAGUGCCAUUAUGGAGAUUAAGAAGGAGAUGGGGGUUGAGGUUUUAGCUAUUUUGAAUUUGGACGAGUUGAUUGUGGGCGUUACGGAUGAGGGCAGUAGGGAGAGAAUGUUGGAAUAUAGGAGGAAAUAUGGGGCCAUUGGGGAGUAGAUGCACUUGCUGGCUUUCGCCGGAUUGUGGGUAGAUGGGUGGGUGGAAAGUUUUAGCUACGGAUCUUUUUACACGAAAGCGCCUUUUCGGGGCGGAAAGAAGAAAAAACUUCUCAAUGCGAAAUAGAUAUCUAUUCUUUU